AUGUCAAAGCUGGGUCUUCUUCGAACCUCAAUCAUGUCAAGCCUCUCCGUCCGUACGGCCAUGGCUCAAAACCGCGGCCUCACUUCGCUUCUGCGCGAACCCGUGAGACGGUUUUCGACGGAAGCCGAAAACCCGCUUCAGGACUCUUCAACGUCCGAUCAGCCGCUGGAGUCUUCGCCGUCCGAUAAGCCUCAGAAGUCUUCGCCAUCCGAUAAGCCUCAGGAGUCUUCGCCGUCCGAAUCAUUUUUCGAAACCCCAAGCACAGGAUCGGUGUAUGGGAGGCUGCUUGGAGUCAAAAGGAAUACGCUAAAGACAGACGUCGUGAAUUUGCUGGAAGGCUGUAAUUUGAGUCUGGAUGAUGUUAAAAUGGAUUAUAAUCGGUGGUUUACGGCGAUGGGAAUGUUAGUGCAAUUCCCGUCGCGGCAAGCCUAUGAUAAUGCAAUUAGGAUGAUUGCCAAAAAGGGCCGCCUGUUUAAAUUGGAGAGGCCUAAUCGAGCGGAAUGGGACUCUCUUACUCCCUAUGAUGGAAAAACGGUUUUAUUGCAAGGAAUCCCUCCUAAUGCGGUUCCAGAAGAUGUAGAUCGUUUUCUGUCUGGUUGUGAAUAUGAUUCGUCUUCCCUCCAAUUAAGUUUCAGACCUUCCCAAGAGCCCGCUAAAUGGGCAACUGUUCGCUUUCAUACUCAAACUGAGGCAAUGAAUGCAUUCCUUGUGAAGAACAAAGGCUUCUGCCUGAAUGGUGAAGUUUUGAUGCGUGUUCUCCAGUAA